UAAAAAUAUAAACGAAGUAAAGUGGCUAUGGAAAAACCUAACAUUCAAAGUCUCGAAAAGCGAAAUUAACCACCUCAGUGGAAAUGAAUUUAUAUAUAGUCCAAUGAGGUCAUCUUACUGAAAUAAUUGUAAGGCAUUGGAUGCCUUGUUUUUGAAAAACGUGUUCCUUGCCCCGUGUCAAUGCUUCCAUCCACUAGCUAGGCAGCCAGUUUUAUAAGUAGACCGGUUGAUUUUUUUAUCCAGAUUAACAUUCAAAGCCAGCUUCAAUAAAAGAUUUUAAAUAUGCCAAGUUGCGGAUGAUCAAAUUGUGUUCAUUGUCUUCCUUUUCUCCUGCUGAAAUUAAUCCUUCAUUUUCGUCUAAGUUACGAUACAUUUUGUAUAUUUAUCAAUGGAUUAGAUGGAGGGUUAGAUAGCUGAGUGUUCAGGGCAGCUACCACCUUAAUUUGACUUGAUUUCCAAGAGCCUGGGGAGGAAAGCCCUUGAUAAGGAAGGCAACCAUCACAAUAAUUUUACCUGAUUUUCAACAACCACGGGAGGAAGGCUUGCUUUAUUUCCCAGUAUCUAGUUGUCUUUGCUUCAGCAUCAGGCUUCUUCAUGACAAAGAUGCAAUUCACAGUUGCCAUUCUUUUACUGAUCUUAACCAUCAAUUAUGGAAGUAGUCGUUCCAUUAAAGAGAAAUCCAGUCUAGUAUCAGAUGGCAUGGGUCAAACAAGCAAAUCUUCUGUUCUUGAACUUGAUCUUUCAACGACAACGGUGACCUGCGAGCCUACUUAUGGCUUCUUACCUUGCACAACAAAGGUGUGGGGGCAGCUGUUCCUGUUGGUGGUUUACGAGUAUUUGCUAUCCCUUUCAGAGCAGUUCAUUACGAGCGGCUCUAAUCUAUUCUUUCAAAUGUUUGGAACUGGUAUUUUCGGUGCCAGUUUGUUCCAUAUUCUCGGCAUAUUCCCACAAAUUAUCUUGGUUCUAGUUAGUGGAAUCUCAGCAAGUGAAGAAACUAUCCAAACAAUGGCAAAAAUAUCGAUGGGCUUGCUGGCAGGAUCAACAAUUAUGAUGCUUACGCUAAUUUGGGGUUCUGUCAUCGCUUUUGGCAGAUAUGAUCUUUCAGACACUUCUUCUUCAUCAAAUUCAUCAAAUCCUGACAAUGCAGACACUUCAAUUUCAUCCAAUGCCAAAAGCAACAAACCCUUUAGUUUAACCGGGUAUGGAGUGAGAACUGAUACUGAAACCAAGAACAGUGCAAUAAUCAUGCUUCUGUCUAUGGUUCCAUUUCUCAUUCUUCAGCUUGCCAAAAUUCUAAGAACACGAGUAGUUGUCCUAAUUUCCCUUAUUGCCAUGCUUGCUUUGCUACUCAGUUACUGCAUUUAUCAGGUAUUUGAGCCAUGGAUUCAGGAAAGGAGAUUUGAGUAUUUGAUGCGUAAACAUAUACCGAGGAACUUGUUAUAUAAACUUCUUUCCCCUAAUGGAAGGGCAGAUGAACUUGAAAUAAAAAAGUUAUUUCAGAGGAUUGACAAGAAUAACAAUUCCCGUAUAUCAUCAACUGAACUCAGAGCCUUCAUGCUUGGAAUACAAAUAGAAGAGGUUGGCUUGGAUGAAGAAGAUUUUGAGACAAAGGUCAUGGAACAGUUUGGUAUCUCUGAUGAUUCUAAUAUAAAUGAAACAGAUUUUGUUAGAGGAGUCUCAAAUUGGCUUAACAAGGAAUAUAAUGAUGCAAAUGAUCGAGCUGCAGGAGAGGGUAGAGUUUUUCACUUUCGUGCAAAGAAAAACAAUAAAGAGAAGCAAAGUUUGUUACCUGCAAAGAAAGGGAAUGAAGUGAGAAAGGGUAGUGAUAAGCCAUGGUGGAAUUACACCAAGGCUGCUUUUCUGAUCACUCUGGGGACUGCAAUUACAGUUCUGCUAGCAGAUCCCCUCAUGACAUCAGUCGUAGAAUUCUCUACUUCUGUAAACAUUCCCUCAUUCUUGGUCUCAUAUGUGGUGAUACCCUUGGCUUUGAGCGUCAGACAAGCACUCGAGGCAAUAACUUCAGCAGGCCAGAAAACAGAAAAGGCCGUCUCUCUAACAUUUUCAGAGCUUUAUGGUGCAGUGUUCAUGAACAAUGCGUCGGGAUUGGUAAUCUUCUUGGGGCUUGUAUACAUACGGGACAUUUCAUGGGAUGUGUCGGCUGAAGUUCUGGUUGUUUUACUUAUUUGCACAGCAAUUGGACUGUUGGCCACUUUCAGCAACAAAAUCCAGCUUUGGACAUGUAUUCUAGUAUAUCUUUUAUAUCCCAUUUCCCUGCUGCUAGUUUAUGUUCUCACCAAUGUUUUGGGAUGGUCUUAAUUUAUUGCAAAGCUUGGUCAAGGAAUAAAGAGACAGGGUUAGGGCUCUAAGUCUGAGUAUUUAUCAUCAGGGAAGAACUUAACAAGUAUCAUCUUCUACUUGUAAUCCGGUAGGUUCUUAACUAUAUUUUCUAU